AUGAAAAGAGAGAAAGCAAAGCUGGAAAAACUGGAGGAGUCGUGCAGAAAGAUGGAGAGAGAGAUGAAGAUGGUGAGGAAGGCAGCGAAAGAGAGAGAACAGGCUGUGCUGAAAGAAAUGGAGAGAAAGAGAGAGAGAGAAAGAGAAGAGAUGGAGAGAGAGCUGAUGGAGAGGCAGAAACGAAUGGAAGAGGAGGUGCAGGAGCGACUGAGAGAAACGGAGAAGGAAAGAGAGAAACAGAAAGAGUUAGAGAGAGAGAGAAAGGAUCAACAGAUGGAGGUGGAAGAGAGACUGAGAGAGAUGGAGAGAAAGAUGGAGGAGGAAAAUGAACUGACUCUGAGGAGAGAGGAGGAGAAAUGGAGAGAAAGAGUGAAAGAGCUGGAGGAAGAGUGGCAGCAUAGAUGUCUGGAGAUGGACAGACAGAAAGAGGAAGAAAUGAGGCUUGUGAAAGAGAAAGAACAAGAGAUGGAGAGAAUAAUCUCUGAAAAAAGAGAAAAGGAGAAGAGAAAGAAUGAAAAACGGAGGGAGUUUGAAAAGCUGGAGAAAGAGAGAGCAGAAAAGGAAAGAAUGGAGGAAGAGAAACGCAUGAAGACCCAGAUGGAGGAGCAGCGAAAGACUGAACGAGAGAAACAGCAGAAAGAAUGGAGAGAGGUGGAGAGCAGGAGAGAAAGAGCGAGAAAGAGAGAAGAAGGAAGAGUGAUGGACCUGGAGAAAGAAAAGCAAGAAAAAGAAACAGACAUGCUGGAGAAAAAGCUUGAAGAAAGGAAGAUGGAAAAGCUGAGAAAGCUGAAGGAGAAAGAAGAGAAGACAGAGAACCGGGUUCAGCGCAGGAAACAGAGGAACCUGAAGGAGCCCUCAAACAACGAGGAGGAGCAGGCCGAGCUUGAAGAACAAGAGGAACCUCAGAGAUCUAGCUGGCCUGUUUCUCCAAAUGGAGGACCGCUGGUCAUCUCCAUAAAACCCAGCAACCCAGUCCUGGAGGAGCCUGAACCAUCUGAACCCUCCCCAACUGACCCCCCCACUGACCCCCACACAGAGGACACUGUGGGUGGAGAUGAAAGCUCUGUGGUGGAGGAAGCCGUCCUCAAGCCUGAGGGUUUCACUGAGCCACAAUCAGAAGAGGCUCUCAAUGAAGCAAUGGAACAGGCUUCACCCACCCAGACUGACCACCCAAAAGAUGGACCCACAUCCUCUGAGACGGUGGAAGAGGCCGACCACGACGCUGGAACUGGGAAACAGGCCGAGAACAAGAACCAGAGGAUGCGCAUCAUCGGCUGGAUCAACCAGAAGGUCAAGGAGAAACACCAGAAGUCCAUCCAGAAGAGCUUCAUGAAGGAGAUGAACUAUGGAUACAGGCUUUUGAGUGAGUUUCAGCAACUUAUUUUAUAG